GGCAGCGUCAAAGGCUUCCUCAGCCAGGACAUCGUCAUGGUUUCGGACAUCCCCAUCAUCCAGGUCUUCGCCGAGGCCACUGCUCUUCCUGCCUUCCCCUUCAUCUUUGCCAGGUUUGAUGGGGUGUUGGGGAUGGGCUACCCCAGCCAGGCCAUCGAUGGCAUCACCCCUGUCUUCGACCGGAUCCUCUCCCAGCAGAUCCUCAAGGAAGAUGUGUUUUCUGUCUACUACAGCCGAGCUUCGAAGAACACUCCUCUGAAACCCGGAGGGGAGAUAAUCCUUGGAGGCAGCGACCCAGCCUACUACACGGGGGACUUCCACUACCUGAACAUCAGCAAGAGCGGCUACUGGCAGAUCAGCAUGAAGGGGGUGUCCGUGGGGGCUGAGAUCCUGUUCUGCACGGACGGCUGCUCCGUGGCCGUCGACACGGGAGCCUCCUACAUCACAGGCCCUGCUGGCCCCGUCUCCGUCCUGAUGAAAGCCAUUGGGGCAGCAGAAAUGGCCGAAGGAGAGUACGUGGUGGAUUGCGACCGAGUCCCUCAGCUGCCCAACAUCUCCUUCCACCUGGGUGGGAAGAUCUACGUGCUCGGCGGCUCUGCCUACGUCCUCCGGCAAUCCCAGUACGGGGAGGACAUCUGCGUGGUGGCAUUCUCAGGGCUGGACAUCCCCCCACCAGCUGGUCCCCUCUGGAUCCUGGGUGCCAGCUUCAUCGGGCACUACUACACCAAAUUCGACCGGCGCAACAACCGCAUCGGCUUCGCCACAGCCCGCUGA